AUGGAGAGCAUUACACAGUUGUUCAGUGAUUUGUGUGAAGCACACUUGACAGGUUUACCGUGGAAGGUCCACCUGGGCAGGCGGAAGGUCAGCAAGAGAAGAGCUAAGCAAAAUCUGAAAAGGGUUGCUUAUAAUGCCCUGUUCAUAAACCUUUUCCAAGAUGAAGCUCGUAAGCUGCAAUCAAACGUUUCCAGGCUUCCAGUGAAAAACAAAAUUUUGAUGCUGUCUUUCAACUUGAGAGUUGGUGGCCUAGGCGCUCAAGCGGAUAGACUGGAGAAUCUUGUGGAGGAGCUGGAAACAGCUGAAUGCUUACCGUUUACUGAAGUUAAUUCUGUCUUGGAUCUCUUAGUGCAGCUUGCUGGAACAGGUCCUCCUCAGCUUGUACCACAAAAAAAGGACUAUUUUCUGAACAACAAAUAUGUUGGGAGAAACGUCAAAUAUCAGGGUUACGAUUAUUAUGAUGUAAGCGUAUUUGAAGCUGAUAUACAAUCUCUAAUAACCAACGAAGAAUGUCAGUUCAAUGACACAAUUCAAAAGACGCUUCAGAUAAUGGAGGCUGCACCUGGCACUGGACUCCCUGCCAUAGGGUUGUUCUCACAGAACUAUCCUGUUGGUGACAAGUUUGAGAAAGAAACACGGGUCUCGCUCUUCGGUGCUCUUGUCCAUAGCCGUACGUAUGAUAUGGACAUCAAGUUGGAUUUGCCACCAGUGCCUGACAAUGCAGAUUUGUCUGGACUUGCAAUUAAAGUUCCCCAAAGUAUAGACCAGUCAGAAGAUGAGGGAUUCCAGUCAGCAUCCAAUCUGACUCCUGAUUCUCAGUCAGAGCCGAGCAUGACUCCAGACAUAGACUUGUGGGACGCAGUGCUUACGUAUGGACCCAGCAAACGAAGAUGUUGGGAGAGGAUUGGAUACCCCCCUGGUAAAAAAGAGGAACCGUAUCUUACUGAAGCUGGGAGAGAAGCUUUUGACAAAUUUUACAAACUUCGAGAAGGAGAAUUGCAGCUGUUCAGUAACACUGUACUUCAGCUUCCACAGCUUGUGCUAAUGAAAGAACCUGAGCUGGUUAAGGAUGUCUUGAACGUCCUCAUUGGCGUGGUGUCCACCACCUUUUCACUCAAUCAGGCUGCUCAGACAUUUGUGAUAAAGGAGGGGGUAUAUGUAUCUGGAACUUCACCAGAGACAAUGCACAACCUACUCUCAGAAGUUGCAGAGUAUGGAACCUAUUACACACGACUAAGUCGUUUUUCUCUUCAGCCAGUUUUAGAUUCUUCGUACAGCAAAGGACUUGUGUUUCAGGCAUUCACAAGUGGGCUGAGAAAGUAUCUUCAGUAUUACCGAGCCUGUGUUUUGUCAACACCUCCUACUUUAAGUCUUCUAACAAUCAGCUUUCUCUUCAGAAAAUUAGGUCGUCAGUUGAGGUAUUUAGCUGAACUUUGUGGCAUAGGAACAACAGCGGUGGGGAUCAGUGGUGGAGCUGGUGCUUCAUUUCCUACGGGUGUUAAGUUGCUUUCUUAUCUGUACAAAGAGGCUCUCAACAACUGUAGCAAUGAGCAUUAUCCAGUUCUUCUGUCUUUGUUGAAGACGAGCUGUGAACCUUACACAAGAUUUAUCUAUGAUUGGGUAUACAGUGGUGUAUUCAGAGAUGUUUAUGGAGAAUUUAUGAUCCAAGUGAAUGAGGAUUAUCUUUGUUUCAGAGAUAAACAUUACUGGACUCAUGGUUAUGUUUUGAUUUCAAAAGAAGUAGAAGAUUGUGUCCCUGUAUUUCUUAAACAUAUUGCUAAUGAUGUAUACAUAUGUGGGAAAACCAUAAACUUGCUGAAAUUGUGCUGUCCUAGG